ACUUUUGGUCUUUGUAUGUCAAAAAUUUGACAAAGGUUUAUUACCUUAAUUUUGAGGUCAACGUAGAGUGGAAAUGUUUGUAGUUUUGGGAAAGAGAGAAGCCCAUAAUCGAAACGUUCCAACCGUAUUUACAUGGGAAAUACAAGUCCGAAGCCAUCAAAUUUAAGUCAAAGUAGCGUUGAUGGUGUUUACAUACAAAGAGGAGAGGAUUUAUGUCAGAAUCUGAACAGCAGCCUCAGUGGACGUUCUUUUGCGAGUGUUAGCAGCCACCAGUCGACUUACAGUGUAUCGAGGCCUUGGUCCAGAGUCUCCAGAAGAAGGUGGAAGGAAUCGACGCUGACGUUGCCGUACGAAUCUAGCAAGACUGCUUGGCCCGUUUCCCAAACCGAGUCGUUCUUCUUACCGGAAUUUCCGUUGCUGACCAACAACAAAGAAAACAAAUUCGAAAAUUUAGGAGAAAUCAACAAGGGAGCUUUCGGCAAGGUGUACAAGGUCAAGGACGAAAAGGGAGACGUUUACGCUCUGAAGGUUCUGUCCAAAUCUAAGAUAAUUAAAGAGAACGCCGUACGACAAGUGAAAGACGAAGUGCAGAUACAAAGGGUGUGCGGCCAUCAUCCUUAUAUCGUCGACUGUCCCUUCCAUUGGCAGAGCAAGAAGAGACUGUACAUAGUUAGCGAAUACGUUGCCGGUGGCGAACUUUACAAUCUUUUGAAGACAUACGCCGUCCUUCCUGUGGCUUUAGUCAAAAUCUAUAUUGCCCAAUUGGCCCUCGCUCUCGAUUUUCUGCACAACGCUGGUAUCAUUUACCGUGACCUGAAACCGGAAAACAUCCUCUUAGAUGCCAACGGCAACGUCCAACUGAUCGACUUCGGCCUCUCUAAGUGGCUAUCAUACGGAAAAACAACCCGUACGAUUUGCGGAACCCUUUUAUACAUGGCUCCUGAAAUCUUGGCGCAUCUAGAGUACGGGCACUCCGUAGAUUGGUGGAGUCUGGGAGUCAUAGCUUGUCUGAUGCUAACCGGCAAGUACCCAUCGACAGAGGCGGACUCAGCAGACGAACCAGAAACCAGGAGGGUCAGGCUGCCGCAGCACGAACUGGAGGUACCGGCUCGGGAUCUGCUGCUGAGGCUGUUGCAAUUUGAACCCACUAAAAGACUGAGGUCAUUAAGGACCCUGCAAACUAUAGCGUUCUAUAAAGAUUUUAAUUUCGAAAACGUGAAAACAAAAAAGAUGAAGCCAUUAGAUCUGCUGCCGGAACGUCCUCAGGAGGAGAUAAUGGAAUUUGAAGACUUUGAUGGGAAUUACGACACUGUGCUGUGAAGUACUUAAUUUAUAGAUCUGUUAAUAGUCAGUCAGGUUUUUCUGACUUAAUGAUUUCGAGUAUUACUUAAGCAUAUCUAUACUUGAAUUAAAAUGACGCUUUGUGUUCAUUCAGUAAAUGUAAUAUGUAGUUUUUUCUGUAGAUCAAAUCUCUACAUCUUGGAUGUAUACCUCUCUACAUAAAACGUGAUAAUCGUAUAUCUUAUUGUUUCAAACGAACAAGAUGUUCUCAUGUACUGCUGUUUAUGAAUGAAAGUAACAGAUUUACUUUAAAUAA